UGGGCUGGGCUGGACGCGUUGGUGCUGGCCGUGGGCGCCGAGCGGGGAGGCUGGGCGGAGCGGGCGGGCGCUUUGCUCCGGGGCAGCCGCUCGCUCGCUAUGAAUGCGGCCCGGGCUCUGCUCUCCGCCGUGUUCCUCGCUGGCUUCUUCUGGGGGGAUCUGCCCUGUGGCCAGCAGGCCACCAUCCCCGCCGCCACCGCCGCGCCGUCUCUCCGGGAGUCCCCCAAGGACAAGCGGAGCUGCCGGGAAGGCGAAGCGUCCCGAUCGGUUGGAGACGCGGCCAGAAAGGGACCCGCUGCAGCCCAGCCGCGCGUGGAGCCCCACGAGUACAUGCUCUCCCUCUACCGGACCUAUUCCAUCGCCGAGAAACUGGGCAUCAAUGCCAGCUUCUUCCAGUCCUCCAAAGCCGCCAACACCAUCACCAGCUUUGUGGACAGGGGGCGAGACGAUCUUUCGCCCAGCGCUUUAAGGAGACAAAAAUAUUUGUUUGAUGUAUCGACUCUCUCAGACAAAGAGGAGCUGGUGGGGGCCGAGCUCCGUCUCUUUCGGAAAGCCCACGGCGAUCCCUUCGCCAAGGCUCAGACAGGCCUGGCCCGUCUGCAGGUCUCGCCCUGCCUUUCGGGCCGCCGACUGGACUCCAGGACUCUGGACUUGCAGGAGGCGGCGCCGGCCCGGCCCGGUGGCGACUGGGAGGUAUUUGAUGUGGGGCAAGCUUUACAGCCCCACCGCGGGCCCUGGAAGAAACGGCAACAGCUUUGCCUGGAGCUGCGGGCCGUCGGGGGGACUCGAACGCACCCCCACCCGCAGCUGCUGGACCUGCGCCCGCUAGGCCUGGGGCGAGGCGCCCGGGCGCAGCAGGAGAAGGCGCUGCUGGUGGUCUUCACCAGGUCGCGGCGGAAGAACCUCUUUGCGGAGCUACGCCACGAGCUGGGAGCCCGGCCGCCGCCGCACAACGCGCCCGCGCUGCCCUGGGAAGCGCCGGGCGCCGUCCAGCUGCGCUUCCAGGCCCGCCGGAUGAAGCGCGCCGCGUAUAGUAGCCGGCACGGCAAGCGGCACGGCAAGAAGGCGCGGCUGCGGUGCACCAAGAAGGCGCUGCACGUGAACUUCAAGGAGCUGGGGUGGGACGACUGGAUCAUCGCUCCGCUCGAGUACGAGGCCUACCACUGCGAGGGCGUGUGCGACUUCCCGCUGCGCUCGCACUUGGAGCCCACGAACCACGCCAUCAUCCAGACCCUCAUGAACUCCAUGGACCCAGUCGCCACGCCGCCCAGUUGCUGCGUGCCGGCCAAGUUGACGCCCAUCAGCAUCCUGUACACGGACGCGGGCAACAACGUCGUGUACAAACAGUACGAAGACAUGGUGGUCGAGUCCUGCGGGUGCAGGUAGCGGCGCGCCUCUCCGCCUCCCCUGGAAGCGUCAGGAAACUGACAGGGCAGAGAGCGAGUUCACCCGGGGGACCCGCGAGGGAAAGCAGAAGGAAGCACGUCGCGCGAGGGGGCGGCCGCGGCGCAAGCUACUACGAGGCUUCGCGGGAGAGCUUUGCGAGCGCCUGCCCCGGCGCAACUCGCUUCUGAAAGCGCUCCGCGUGCGCUCCCUCGCUGUACACGAGGGAAG